GGCUUCCUUGUAGCAACGACUGUUGGACAAAGGUGAACUAGGUAGCCCAUUUCCUGUACAGAACAGUUACAUUGCUUUGCCAUCUCUACCGCAGUGAACUUACCGGCGCAUCGCUUAUCAGAGUAUACGUAAACUAACCUUAGGAGCGAUCACACGUAUCGGGUGACAUGCCGCCGAAAGAAGCGGCGGAGCCCAUCCGCCUCGAGUCCCUCGCUCCGCAGCAGCUAGCGGAGUUGAGGGCAAACCUGAACAAUGAGAUCCAACGCCUUUCCGAGGGCGCUGCGGCGCUGGCGCGGGCAGCGGGGACCUUCAACACCUCUAAGAAGUCUGUAGAGCAGCUUGCCGCGUCUAAAACAGGGCAAUCCAUCAUGAUGCCCCUUACCAGCUCCCUGUACGUUUCGGGUGAGGUGGACGAUGUGGAGAAGGUGCUGGUGGACAUCGGCACGGGAUACUACGUCGAGAUGACCACUGCGGACGCUGCCAAGUACUACGAGCGGCGCAUCAAGGUGCUGCAAGAGAACAUCAACACCAUCCAUUCGACUCUCCGUGAGCGGCAAAACGUGCUCAUCCAAGUCCAGUCAAUCCUCCAAGAAAAGAUCAUGGCCGCCCAGGCGGCCAGCUCGCGGGCAUAAGGGGCGGCAACACACUUUUGCACGCCACAAUAUUGGUUCGAACAACGUUGGAAAUUGCAGCCUCGGAUACUCCUGCUUGGAUACUCGCAGUGGCGGCUCCAGUACCCACUAAAUGUUUGUAACAACUGCAACCGCUCAACGCGGUAACUCACCAA